ACUGACGUCAGUCCUCCGGGCAGGGCGCGGGGCACGCCGGGAAGCCGACGCCCAAGAUGGCGGCAGGAUUGAAAAGUUGUGGGUGCCGCUGAGGCGGCUCUGGGCGGGCCGUGGCCGGGAGCGGGAGCGGAGCCACCAGCGGGCCGCGGCCGCCGCCGGGCGCUGAGGCCGGGCGCGCACGGCCGCUGCGGGGAUGCCCCGGAGGGGGCUGGGGCCGCCGCCGCCUGAGACAUGGAGGAGGAGGGCAAGAAAGGCAAGAAGCAGCCUGGAAUAGUGUCCCCUUUCAAACGAGUCUUCCUGAAGGGUGAGAAGGGUCGGGAUAAAAAGGCCCAGGAGAAGGUUACGGAAAGACGACCUCUUCAUACCGUCGUGGUGUCCUUGCCUGACCGCGUUGAACCGGACAUACUACUGAACGACUACAUUGAAAAGGAAGUGAAGUAUUUAGGCCAACUAACUUCCAUCCCAGGGUACCUGAAUCCCUCCAGCCGCACUGAAAUACUGCAUUUGAUAGAUAAUGCGAAGAGAGCGCAUCAGCUCCCGGGGCAGCUGACUCAAGAACAUGAUGCUGUGAUCAGUCUGUCUGCCUAUAACAUCAAGCUGGUGUGGAGGGAUGGAGAAGACCUCAUCCUCAGGGUCCCCAUCCAUGACAUUGCAUCCGUUUCCUACAUCCGGGAUGACUCCUCUCACUUGGUAGUGCUGAAAACAGCUCAGGACCCCGGGAUCUCCCCAAGCCAGAGUCUUUGUCCCGAAAGCUCCAAAGCGCUUACUUCGGGCUCGCUGUCCGAGAGCGGGGUAGUACCCGUCGAAGCUUGCUGCUUGGUGGUCCUGGCUACGGAGAACAAAGUGACCGCAGAGGAGCUGUGCUCACUUCUCAGCCAAGUCUUCCAGAUUGUUUACACUGAGUCCACCAUAGACUUCUUAGAUAGAGCAAUAUUUGAUGGGGCAUCCACGCCGACGCGGCACAUGUCCUUACACAGCGAUGACUCUUCUACAAAAGUGGACGUUAAAGAACCUUACGAAACAGAAGAAAGCGGUUUUUCCUUUCCAGAAACCUUGGAUGUAGGUGACAACUCCCCCUCUUCUUUCUCGACACAACAGUCUCCUCACAUUAAAACAGUCAGUGAGAGUGAGCUCAGCACCACGGCGACAGAGCUGCUCCAGGACUACAUGAUGACGCUACGAACGAAACUCUCUUCCCAAGAGAUCCAGCAGUUUGCAAUGCUCCUGCAUGAGUAUCGCAAUGGGGCUUCGAUACAUGAGUUCUGCAUCAACUUGAAGCAGCUCUAUGGGGACAGUAGGAAGUUCCUGCUCUUAGGCCUUAGACCGUUCAUUCCCGAGAAGGACAGUCAACACUUCGAGAACUUCCUCGAAACCAUCGGGGUGAAAGACGGCCGCGGCAUCAUCACAGACAGUUUUGGGAGGUACAGGCGGACUCUGAGCACAACCUCCAAUUCCACGACCAACGGAAACGGUGCUGCCGGGAGCUCAGACGACCAGUCUGUGCCCUCCGAAGAAGACGAGUGGGACCGAAUGAUCUCUCACAUCAGCAACGAUAUCGAAGCCCUCGGAUGCAGCAUGGACCGCGAUUCCUCUUGAGAGCGAGCCGGGGGGGGAGGAUGAGGCGGAUCCCGCGAUGGGGCUCAGUCCAGCUCCCUUCCACCCUCUCGGAAAGAGACCGCAGCAGCGUUUGCGCCAGUCUUCCUGACCUUCAUUCUGGAAGAGGUUUCUCGGGAUGGAUCAGGAUGCAAUUACUCUCCCAUCCUUCUCAAUGGCUUCGCUGGCCCACCUGGCCGUUCACGGGCGGCCGGGGCCCUCUUACUGUGAAGGUGUGUCCGUGUGGGAGCGAGCACGCCGCGGGAGAGGUGCCGGGGCCGGGCGAGGGAGCCCAGGGCCUCCCCUCAGCCUUCCUUGGUUUGGUUUCGUCGCUGCCGGGGGCCGGCGCAUGGGGGGGGAGCGAGGCUGGCGAGAGCCUCGCGUGGAGACCUGACAGUUCGCUACGACCUGGUUUACAGUUUUGCACAUGACGUUCCUGUUGUAACUGCUCUCUUUCUCCUCCCUGCCCCGUUUUUGAAUGAAGUUUACCACAAUGUGAAUUUAUUUAAACCUAUUGUCCAUGUCGUCGAAACAUUUGGGAUCCAAACCUGAAGGUUGGCUGGUGAGAGGCGCCCGCGACGGUGGCGGAUGCUGGCGUGGGCUCGCCGCACGGGGCCGAGAGGGGCUCUCCGGUGCCCGGGGACGCGGUCGGUGCUCCUGCCGCGCUCGUUCGCCGCCCGCAUGGUGAGUCUUGCGCUUUUGGGUCCGUCCUGCUGGCACUUCGCCGUGGCCUUUGCUCAGGAACAGCAGCGGGGCCGAGGGAGACAACAGGCCACACGGCCGCGAUUUACCUCCAGCGAAGCCACCGGCCGGUGGAGACUCUCUGGGAGGGGAACCAGGUCCUUUCCGCCACCCCCGUCCCCAAUCCCCAAUCCCCUCGGCAGCCUCCAGCGCUGCCGAGCGCCCCAAAACCGACGCUAGCACCUCCGCUUCCCGAGGAGCAGAGCUCGGCUGCGCGCAGCCGCCGGGACCCCCCCCCACGUCCGGGCCCCGCUCCGGGAAGGUAGCGGCGGGGGCUAUAGAGAAGCCUGUACAUGUUGUAUAUAUUUUACAUGCAGUUAUAAAUACACACUUAUUUUUUUAUCCGUAUUCCUCGCCGUAGUAGCGCUGCUGCUCAAAGGGACGCGCCGGCCGGGACCUGCCGGAGAGCAGCCCUGCUGCCGGGGCAGCGCCCCUGCUCCUGGAGCCGGGGAGAAGCGGCAUCGCCGGCUGCAGUGGGCCAUACUGGUUUGGCUGGAUACGACCACUCACCACUGGGAAACUGCCAGCUCGGCCGCCGCUGCAGCCCCGGGCUCUUGCGGCACGGGGCCGUCGCGCAGGGAGCUGCUCCGGGUGGAUCGCGCAGGAUCUGCCGGCAUCCUCUGCGCCUUGCCGGUGCCCGCAGGAGCAUCCCGCUCGCGACGGGGCCGGGGGUUAUCGGAUGCGGGAUGCGUGCGGCAGUGGGUUGCACCCAGACACUGGCUCAGCAGUUUGGGCCGGGUGGGGGGAAAUCCGGCCGCCCCGUGCACAUUCCUCUGCGCUUUGUCCUGCUCCGGGGCCGUCUGCCUCCCGCGCCGCCGUCAGCAGCCUGCCCUAAGCCGCCCGCGUGCCUUUAACCGUUGCUCUUCCUCGCUGCUGCCGCCCUCGACGAGCUUCUCCGGCCUCUUUCCUCCUCGACCGGCCCGUCCGUGAGCCGGCUGCAGCAUUCCCACUCGCCCCUCGCCUCGGCUACGGCCCCGGGGGGGCUUCGCCUGCCAGACCCUUUCCUGCCGUCUGCGCCGAACCAGAGCCGAGGCCCCAGCUCUGUGCUCAGUACUAUUAUUAGGUUUUUUUUUUUCCUCCUCCUUUUUUAAAAGCAGCUCACAACCUCGCGGUACAACACUGACUCGAGCUGCCCCCGUGCUCCAGCCCGGAGCUGUUAUCCAGAACUGGUGUUCGCUUGAGUUCUUGGUGCCUUUUUAUACAUUUGCAGAUCAACAACAAAACGUGUAUAUACAAGUAUAUAUAUACACACACACUGAAGUUUAAGUCAUUGGAGAUUUAUGAAAAUUUGGAGAAAAACCCUAUUUUUGGAACGAUUGUAUAAUGAGAUCUCUAAGCCGGAUGCCCUAACCGCUUGCAGUAUUUUUUUAUACUCUGUUCACGGGGAAACAUGACUCUACUCUGGAAAUCGCUGUUCAUUGUAGCUUUCUAGGGAGCAGGCGACCAAGCAGAGAGGGCCAAGCGCUGCCUCCCGCCCUGGUGCUGCUGUCCCCAGGUGGGGACAGCGCGGGGCUGACCUGCUUUCCAAACCGUGACCUUCUCCGCCGCGGUGCCAGCCGCCCUCGGGUGCUCCCGGUCGGGGCGUUUUGUAUGUAUGCUUUCUGUACGGAGUAUUUGUUACAGGUAAAUAUAACUCUGCACCCGA